UCAGGUUCCCCUUUGAUGAAGGAAGUAAUGGAAGUGAUAAAAGUCCCAGAAGAGGUUUGCAAUUACAGUACUUACUCAUUUGAAGUCAUAGAAGCGACUCGUUAUACAUCUUUCGUGUUGAUUACACUUUCCUGCAUCCUAGGAUUAGUGGACAAUGCUGUGGUCAUCGCUGUUACCGGAUUCAUCAUGAAGAGGAAAAAUAGUCAAAUCUGGUUUCUAAACUUGGCUGUGGCUGAUUUUUCCUUUUCCCUCCUUCUUGGGCUUUAUGCUCAUUAUAUUUUCACAGAGAACUGGCAAUUUGGAUCAUAUUUUUGUAAAAUCUUUAAUUAUGCUUCCACGUGUAAUAUGUAUGCAAGUGUUUUCAUCAUCACAGCUCUGACUAUUGACCGUGUCUUAUCAGUGGCCAAACCAAUAUGGCACCAUAAGAAUUUCUCUGUAAGGUUUUGUUGCUGGAUCUGCGCUGCUAUUUGGAUACUAACAGCUCUGGUCAGUCUUCCAGUGUUACUAUUAAGUGAUGCGAUUCAGUACGGUGACAAAAUGCAUUGCAGAAUAGUCAUUGCUAAACCUUCCUAUGCUGCUCACAAUGUUCAUAAAAGAGAUGUAAAUGACAGCCUGGAAUACAUGGAAGGUUCUGGUUCAGUAGCUAUAAAUAAUGUCGAUUAUAUUGGAGCAGUAAGUGAAAAUAACCAUACUGGAUUUAAGCCAACACUAAUAACCUUGAUGAAAGAUCCAAUUACAACAGGUGAGAUAAGUUAUCUUUUUGCACAAGUGCAGUAUAUACAGGUGUAUGCUGAAGCAACAGAAACAACAUCUUGUACCAUUAACCUCAGGGAGCUCAGGGAUACGGCAUUUUCAACAGGCUGCAUUGUUAUCCCGUGUAUAGUUCUGGGUUACUGUAUCCCAUUGGCCGUCAUUCUGGUUUCCAAUCUAAUCAUUGCUCAGCAAGGGGGGAAAUCUCAGUCCGUAAAGUGCCGCAGACUAUAUAGAAUUAUAAUUAUGAUAGUCCUGUUCUUUUUCCUGACAUGGACCCCACUGAUCACAGCUCAGAUUAUUUUGCUAGCUGCUCUUUAUAGUGAAAAUUUGAUACUGAUCUAUAGAAUGUACUGGGUGAUGCCACUUGUGUCCAGCAUAGCCUUUAGUAACAGCUGCAUAAACCCCAUCAUAUAUGUACUGGUUGGCACACAGGCUAGGAAAGCUUUUUCUGAUGUUAUGAGCACAAGACUGUCUUUUUUAGGUGGAUCCCAAAGCUCUGGUUGAAAUGUUGCCUUUGUUUCUGUUCACUAGCUUUUCUUCUGCAGACAUAUACUAUUCUCUUAAAACCUGGUGUCUGUCAACAAAAACAGUGCCUGACGGGCACAGUAUAAUAGUAAUUCAGUAUAGUAAGUAAACUGUUGUAUUUGACUAUCAUCUAAAGGGUAUUCUAGGGCCUAGCAUUCUCCUCAACCUUGGAAAAAAAAAUUUGCACCACGAUAUUGAAAUUGCAAAUUUGUUAGGACCCCCUAAAGGUCAUCUAUACUGCUAUGAAUAUUGCUUCCAGUUAUAUGGGCCUAUACCCUUU